AUGGCCUGGCGCCGCUUCGCCGCCGCGGGUCUCGUGCCGGGCUCGCUCGUCGGCUGGGAGCUCUUUGCCUACGGCAAGCAGAGGCAGAAGUUCGACGACGCCAAGAAGACACGGCCGAAGCCCCUCGUCGAGGGCUCGACGGCGUGGCUCAUCGAGCGCGACGCGCGGACGCUGGACCUCGUCUGCGUGCGGCACAAGGCGCUCGACCGCGGCCCGGCGGCGGCCCUCGCCGACGCCGCCGCCCGCGUCGACGAGGCCUACCCCUACGACGGAGUCGGCGUCGUCGUCGUCGAGCGCGACGGCGUGAGCCGCGUCCUGCGCGCGGACCUCAACGGCACGGUCACGGCGACGCCGCUCGCGAGCCUCCUGCGCGACCACGCCGCGUUCGCGGAGGUCGCGCUCGUGCCGCUCGUCUGGAACGAAGACGACCGCGAGGCGAUCGCGACGCCGGCGCGCCGCUUCUUCGCCGAGGCGCUGCUGCGGUGCGGGAGCGGCGGCGCGCCGCGCUUUGCGCCCUGGGCCGCGCUGCGCGACGCACGCGUCGCGCCGCUAUUGCUCCCGCGCGCGAGCUGGCCCCGGCUCCCGCGCGCGGCGCCGCUCGACGCGCGCCUCCGCGACGCCGUCUCGCCGGGCGCGACGCUCGCGCUGGAAGCGCUUGCGGCCUGCGACGUCGUCCGAACGGACUACGUCGACGGCUGCGCGUCCGUGCCGGCCGACCUGUUGACGGGGCGCGUGCCGCUGCGGCGGGGCGCGCGCUACGCGCCGGAGCGGCGCGUGGAUGUUGUUGUUGGGAACGCGGCUUCUUCCGACACCUAA